GUCAGAUCUUAAUGACGUUUUACGUGCCUGCAGCUUUCAAAUCGAUUCAUAUUUGUAAAAUUGAACAAUUUAAUUUAUAUUUAAGAAUUAUUACCAAUUUGAUGGCAUAUUAUUUAUUAAUAUACAAUGACAACUUUACGUGAACGUCAACUCAAUGCUCUGAAGCAAAUGCUAAAUUUGAACCAGCCACUGACAAAAAAUGUGGCCACAGAACCAGUGUGGAAAGUGUUAAUUUACGACAGAAUAGGUCAAGACAUAAUAUCUCCACUUAUAUCAGUAAAAGAUCUUCGAGAACUAGGCGUCACCCUUCACGUACAACUCCAUUCAGACCGUGACCCAAUUCCAGAAGUCCCAGCAGUUUACUUCUGUGCACCUUCUGAAGAAAAUCUUGGUCGUAUUUGCCAAGAUUUAGAUAAUGGAACAUAUGACCAGUAUCAUUUGAACUUUAUAUCGCCUAUCUCAAGACAGAAAUUAGAGGAUUUAGCAGCAUCAGCUAUUCAGUCUAACUCUGCAGUAAAUAUACAUAAAGUAUAUGACCAAUAUUUGAAUUUUAUAUGUUUGGAAGAUGAUCUAUUCAUUAUGAAACACCAGCAGUCAGAUUCUUUAUCUUAUUAUGCAAUUAACAAGGGAGAUACAAAAGAUACUGAAAUGGAAUCUAUCAUGGAUAAUAUAGUUGAAAGUCUAUUUUCAGUCUUUGUGACACUAGGUAAUGUUCCUAUAAUAAGAAGCAAUAAAGGAAAUGCUGCAGAAAUGGUUGCAAAGAAAUUAGAUAAAAAAUUACGAGAAAAUUUAUGGGAUGCCAGAAACAAUCUUUUUCAUGGCAACACAGGCCAAGCUGGAUCUUUUAGUUUCACCAGGCCAAUGCUCAUAUUGUUAGACAGAAACAUUGAUAUGGCAACACCAUUACAUCAUACUUGGACAUAUCAGGCACUUGCUCAUGAUGUUCUGGAUUUAUCAUUAAAUAGAGCAGUAGUGCCGGAAAAUACAGCUACAGCAGUUCCAGGUCAAAAAACUAAAACCAGAUUGUGUGACUUGGACUCUAAAGACCCUCUAUGGCAAGAACACAAAGGUAGUCCCUUUCCUACCGUUGCUGAAGCUAUACAGGAAGAUUUAGACAAAUAUAGGAGUUCAGAGGCAGAGGUAAAGAAAUUAAAAAGUUCAAUGGGUUUGGACGCCGACAGUGACUUGGCACUUAGUUUGGUCAGCGACAACACACAAAGGCUGACGAGCGCAGUGAAUUCUCUGCCACAACUUAUGGAGAAAAAACGACUUAUUGACAUGCACACUACUAUUGCUACAGCUAUCCUAAAUGCUAUAAAAUCCAGACGAUUGGAUUCCUUUUUCGAAUUGGAAGAAAAAAUUAUGAGUAAAAGCAGCAGUGUAGAAAGCAAAGCUGUGAUGGACCUUAUAGCAGACCCGAGUGCCGGUACCCCUGAAGAUAAAAUGCGAUUAUUCAUUAUUUACUACUUGUGCACAUCUCAAAUUCCUGACGAAGAAUAUAAAAAGUUCGAAGCUGCAUUGUCGACUGCGAAUUGCGAUAUAAAAGCCAUGACAUUUAUGCGUCGUCUAAAAGGCUUCACUAAAAUGUCAAGUCAAUAUGAAGGUGGCGGAACGAAAACAGUGUCCAUGUUCUCAAAACUAGUUUCUCAAGGAUCUUCAUUUGUGAUGGAAGGAGUCAAGAAUUUAGUUGUCAAGAAACAUAAACUGCCAGUAAGCCGCGCUGUAGAGGCUGCUCUAAGCAGCGGUGACUCUGAGCUUGGGUGGUUGGACCCGCGCGCCGCCCGCACCGAUGCCGCCGCACGAAGUCGCGCCGCGAAGCACCCGCCACCUACGGAUGCCGUCGUCUUCGUAGUCGGCGGCGGAAACUACAUUGAGUACCACAAUCUUUUAGAUUUCGCGAAGCAACAAGCCACAAACGGUGCGCCGAGAAAAAUUAUAUAUGGCGCCACAACACUGCCAAAUGCAUCACAGUUUCUAAAACAACUGUCCCUCUUGGGUGAAGAAAUCCAAUGAACAUUCCAAACAUAAUGUGGUGUAUAUUAAAAUAUAUAUAUAAACUGUUAUAAAUAAGCUAAAUGUAUAAUUUUAUAUUUAUGGUUUCUCUUAUGUUGUGGAUUACUGAACACAUGAAUGAAACAAAUUAAAUUUCAACAA